AUGGAUCAAGCCCAAUCUUUAGAACCGAAUAACUAGGCUUCCGACAACCAAAUACACUCAAAUAUUUGUGAUAACGAUGACAUAUAAAAAAAUGGCAGUCAAACUAGACGAGCCUGGUCACUCAAAGAAGACAACCAACUAAAAUAAGCUAUAAAAAUAUAUAGCACCAAUUGGCUCUUAGUUGCAUAAGCAUUACCAAACCGCAACCCUUCCCAAUGUGCUUAGAGAUGGAAAAGAAUCAAACCCUACAAUGUAUAGAAACCAUGGACAAGCAAGGAAGACUAGCUACUUUUAAGAUUAGUGCAAGUGCAUAACAAAAAUUGGGUUUAAAUUGCCAAAUGCAUACCCAAUCGUACCAGCAAACAGGUACGAGAAAGAUUUGUUAAUAAAUUGAAUCCAGAAAUUAAUAAAGAACCUUUUACCAAGGAGGAAGAUAUGAUUAUAGUUGAAGGAUACAAAAACUAUGGAUCCAAAUGGUGCAAAAUAUCAAAAUUGUUGCAAGGAAGACCUGAAAACAUAAUAAAAAAUAGAUAUUACUCAUACAUUCGAAAGCGUUAUUUUAAUAUAGAAAAUCCAUAUUAUGUUGUUCCACAGCAAAAUAAUGAAAUAUAGCAGUCAAUUCAAAAGGAUAAUUUAAAUCAUCAAUAAAGCAAAACAUUCAAAAGGACGACAAUUGGCAAACUUAAAAUUCGAAAAAGAUUGAGUAGAUCAUCUAAUAAUGGAUCAACUAGAAAUAAGGAGAAAAAAUAAAAUAAUAUAAUAGACAAAUAAUUAGAUUAAUUGGAUUAGGAAAAUGUUAAGUUAUAAACAGCUAUAAUUUAAGAAAAUAAUAAAUUAAAUAUUCAUUUCAAUUUUAGCUAAUAGCAAGAGUAGGAAUAAAUAUAAUAAUCAAAGCAGAAAUAAGCUAUAAAAGAAGAACUUUCUAAUUAAUAAAGUUAGAUUAAACAAGAAGUAGAAUUUGAUUAAGUUAACAAACUUGAUCAAUUAUAAGAGAGUCUUAAUAUAUCUCAAAGUUGUUAUGCUCCUUACCCCUUAAUAUAUAAUACUCCUUAGACUUAUAAAAUGAUGUAUUAUUACCCACAGCAAUUACCAAUGCAAUUCAUACAUCAAUAUUUUAUAAAUGGCCCAUAUAUAUAAUAUGGAGUAUAAAGCUAGGAAACAUUACUUUCUAGAUCUUAAGAGAUACAAUAAUCAAGCCAAAAAUUAUUAUGA